CGGUUAUCGUCGUCUAUCGCGGACUUCGCACUCUUCGCAGUCUUCGCACAUUAGCCGCGCGCGUUUUGUACUUGCUAGGUUAACCAGCGGAUUUCCGGUCGUGUCGCGUUAUCUUCGCGACUCCCCAGAGCCUCAUCGACAACUCCAUGUGCGCGUAGUGCGAAUUGCGAUCGUUCCAACUGUUCCGGGUUUACCUACUUACGCCGCGUCUGUUCCGUGGCGACACUGAGUCACGUUGCAGCUUGGGUAACGGGGCAUGUGUGCGCCAUUGAUAUAAAGUUGCGUCGCCGUACGAUACAGUUCAACAAGUACACAACGUCACAACUGCAUCGCGGUCGCAGUGUUAAUCAUUUACUACAGCGGAACUCGUGCGUCCUGUCGGCGCUCGCUCACAUCGGAUUCCGACAGUGUGUAUCCACUAUCCGUCUGUUGUCUUGACCGCCGUUGUAAUGUCGAGCUCAUUGAAACGUAAAUAUCUUGACGGGGACGAAGAAGCGAAACGUAAACGCAGUAGCUGGAUGGUCUUUCCGGGGAUCGAUGCAUUAAGACCAUACAAUAUUGUGUUUGAUUAUGACAAAUUUGAAUAUGAACUGGCUGUUGGACUUGAUUUUGCACUUGCUAAAGCACUGGUACCAAAAGAAAUCAUAGGAGCUUGUAACUUUAAUGGUGAAAUAGUGUACUUUAUUAAGUGGAAGCAUCAAGAUGAAAUAAGUUACAUAUCAUCUGAACAUGCUUCAAAUUUGUAUCCUGAAGUUACAAUUAAAUUCCAUGAGAAAUAUAAUAAUAUAUCUCAAGCAGUUACUACAGGUAGGUCGCUUCAACAACAUGAUGGUAGAACUGCUCAUCGUCGUGUUGGGCGUCCUAAAAAUACAUCACAGGGUUUAAAAAGAUCUUAUGUAUCAAAGUACCUAUCUAGAAAAAAAUAAAUAUCAUGAAUACAUUUUUUUUUAAUUUGAGAAUAAUAAUAA